CACCCUUCGCUUCUCCAACCGUAUACUUUCGUGUGUUAGUGUCUUGUGAAGCUACAUCGUCUCACAACGAUUCUCGAUAGGCUGCGUCGUUUGCGAUCUUUGAGAUGUUGAAAGAGCUGAGCAACCAAGUCAUGGGACCCAUUGAUAUUGUGAGGGAUUUCCAAAUGUUGUCGACUGGUGUUGACUGAGACAAUAACUGACCAAACAAGAUCUGGAGGCUGCUCAUACUAAUGAGGCAAAGCCGUGAGGGGUCAGUGAGGAUGAACAGGAUGAGUAUGCGGCACAAGACGGGAGGUUUUUUUUUUUUUUUUUUACUGCGGUUCCCUACGUUAAGACGCAUAAAAAUUCAGCAUAACUACCCAAUAGUCAAAAAGGAAGUCAGCGUCAAUGAAGGUUAUCUACAAUUAAACCUAGUGUCCUUCAUCUUCGCCGGCGGAGCCCCUCUGGCAGAAGAGUCAUUUGAUUUGCUCGAAACUCGAUGCCCGCGCCUACAGAAAAUCCACGUUGAAUCCAUACCCGAGAGCAUCAGACCCAGAUGUGUGUUGAGAUUUCUCCAGAACUGCAAACAUUUGAGGUCCAUUGGUCUUUACUGGGAGGCGGAUGCUUUGGAGAAUGAUCAGAUACAUGCUCAUCUUGCUGGUCGUGACGAUAUUGUUGAAUUGAAACCCAGCGUGUUCAUCGAGUAUGAGAAGAUCAAAGGGGUUUUCGAUCUCCAGAGCCCUUUCAAGGGAUUCCGGACCCUCCAUCUCAGAUUGCCAUCAAAAGCAGUCACAGUACUUGUUGGAGCAAUACAAUCCACAAUAGGAACUCUCAGUCUAGAGUUUCAGGACAAUGAGGCCAAGGUUCUUUCUACUAUCGGCACUCUGGUCAAUUUCCGUGAACUUGCCGUCAGUUUCAUGCGCAGCACAGACUUACCAGGGAUGGAUGUCCUAGCCCUCAGACACCUGAAAAAGCUACAAUCAUUAUUAAUCGGACCUCAAAAUGGAGCGAGUCUGACUUCAUUUACGUUGACGGAUGAUGAGUUUGGUCAGUUGUGUGCAGGAAAACAUUGUUGUCAACUCGAAGCCUUCAGAAUCUUUGGGAGCAUAUCAAUCUGCUUCCCUUGUCUAUGUAUGAAGCGCCACUGUUUCCAAAAGCGAAUUGCAUCGAGGUGUCCUGUAUCUAAAAAGGGGGAACCCUCCAAAUCAUUUUCGACGCAACAAACUACGUCUUCAUUUGCUUGUUUCUCUCAACCCUCCUCUCGCUUCCUUUCUAGUUCCUUCUCUCCACGAUCUUUGCUCUUAGCUUCCGCCUACCGUGGCACAAUCUCAUCGUUUUCUUGUGAUCUCAUUCGCCCAACGGUCAAAUACCAGUUUCCUGUUAGCUGACUACAACCGCCUCCUAUUUUUGUCCUACCUGUCUCAUCCUCAUUUCCAUCGAUAUCUCCUACUUUCCGUAUCCCACACGACCAACAAAUUCCACCUAAGAUAUUGGCCGUUAUGGCUGACGGCAACGGCAAUAUGGAGACUAGUGAGAUAUCCUUUCGACACUUGCCACUAGAAAUCGUACGUCUAGUCCUGGAGCACCUCAGGGGCGA